AAGCGUGAACGUAGGUACUCAUUCUCUUAGAAGCUGAUGAAUUUGGGCGUAUUGCCCUUUCAUUGUCCUUGUCAACGCUCUCCCUUACUCUCCCCUCCAAGUGCUCUUUUUUCUUUUUUGGUUGUUGUCGUGUUUUAAUAGUUUGACAUGGAUGCAAAAGUUCUUUCCUCUGGAAUCCGCCAUACUAACUUGCCAGAAAGUUAUGUGAGACCGGAAUCUGAGCGUCCCCGCUUAUCUGAAGUGUCCGAAUGCGAAAACAUCCCUGUCGUAGACUUGGGGUGUGAGGACAGAUGCCAAAUUAUACAAAAAAUUUCUCUUGCCUGCAUGUACUAUGGAUUUUUUCAGGUUAUUAAUCACGGAGUUUCCAAAGAAGCGGUGGAAAGAAUGUUAAAAGUGGCGCAUGAUUUCUUUGGGCUGCCGCUGGAGGAGAAGAUGAAGCUCUACUCAGAUGAUCCUUCCAAGACAAUAAGACUUUCAACCAGUUUUAAUGUCAACAAGGAGAAGGUUCACAACUGGAGAGAUUAUCUACGAUUACACUGUUAUCCUCUUGACAAGUAUGUUCCCGAGUGGCCUUCCAACCCUCCUUCCUUCAAGGAAACUGUAAGUCAUUACUGCGUAGAAGUUCGAGAACUUGGGUAUAGAUUGCAGGAAUUAAUAUCAGAGAGCUUAGGCCUGGAAAAAGAUUACAUAAGGAAUGUUCUUGGGGAGCAAGGGCAGCAUAUGGCUGUGAACUAUUACCCGCCAUGUCCGGAGCCAGAACUGACUUAUGGAUUGCCUGGACAUACAGACCCCAAUGCUCUUACAAUUUUACUUCAAGACUUGCAAGUUGCGGGCCUUCAAGUACUCAAAGACGGCAAAUGGGUUGCUGUUAAUCCCCAAUCAAAUGCUUUUGUCAUUAACAUUGGUGAUCAAUUACAGGCAUUGAGUAAUGGGAGGUACAAGAGCGUGUGGCAUCGGGCCGUUGUGAAUGCUGACAAGGAAAGGAUAUCGGUUGCUUCCUUCCUCUGCCCUUGUGACCAUGCCUUGAUCAGCCCUGCAAAACCUCUCACAGAAGAUGGAUAUGGAGCUGUAUACAGGGAUUUUACUUAUGCAGAGUAUUACAGUAAGUUUUGGAGCAGGAACCUGGACCAAGAACGUUGUUUGGAACUUUUCAAGAACUAAUACCAGCUUUAUUGCCUGUCACUUCGAUACUUAUUCUAUAAUUUCCUCGAUUUGUCACUUAUUGCCUCCUUGCUGCCAGUUAAAAUGCCAUGCAUUCUGCUGUACAAGAGGUUUUGG